GCUGGCUGGCUUUGCGGAGCUGCGGCGCCUCCUGCGCCUGCUGUCCGGCACCGCCAGCGCGGUGGCUGUGGUUGCCGAGGGAGGAUGGGCCGCCACUGGAGCUGCUGCCGCUGGCGCCGAAGGGCUCCGCUCUGCUCGGCGCCGGCAUCUACGCCCUGGCGGGGCUCGGCGGCGCGGCCAUGGGCGUCUGGGCUUCGUGA